UACCAAAUGUUAGAGUAAUAGAACUAAUUUUAUUUAGAAAAAAAAUGAUAUUUUUAAAUCACAUAAAUCAUCCUAAAGAAAAAUUAAAAAAAAGGGAGGUGGAUAUAAUGCAAGAGAGACGGUUGGAUUAAAUGGAGAAAGUGGCAUGAAAUCCAUCCACAGAUAAGAUCAAGAAUGGGAUUCCCGGCGACGUGGGCUACCAAACCUAAGGAAUAUUCCACCGGCAGUAGCGGCGGCGGCGGCGGUAGGGACGGAGGUGGUGCAAUGGGCUUCCUGUUUCUCUUCUUCCCGGAAAACGAAACCUCCACCGCCAAGAAGAAAACCGCCCAUCAAACGGCCCUCGAUCUCCUCUCUUCUCCGUCGUCUUUCAAGCCAGUUGCCGCUUUCUUCCGCCGCUCGAUCUCCGCCACCGUCGUCUCCACCGUUUCCGUCUGCGCCCUCCUCCUCUUCUUCCUCACUCUGCUCUCCUUCACCGUUUACUUCGAUUCCGCCGCCAAUUCAUCCCUUUUGAGACCCCGAAUUGCGGCCUCCGGCGAAAAUUCGUCCUCCGGCCACGCGCUGCAGGGCAUGGGCUCGCUGUACCGGAGAGGAACCCGAGCCAUGAACGAUCUCGUCGUAGCUCACGCCGUUGAUUCCCUCACCACCCACGAGCUCAGACUCUUCCUCCGACUCCUUUUCCGGUCGGCGGUAUUGGCGAAAUCGGACGUUUUGCUCAUUUUCCGGUCUAAAUCGGCCGCCCAAGACCGGGUCGUAGCAGAGGAAAACAGGUCGUUUCUGAAUCUCCUCCUCCACGGCGGCGGGAGUGAUCGGAAAUCCAUGGCUGCUUUCGAGAUUUCCGACAAGAAGAUGAAGGAAAGCGGAGAACCGAUCUGGGGACGGAAAAUUCGGAGGAGGAAUCCGGGUGGAGGAAACUGGACUGAGUCGACUCGGUGGAGUUACGGCUCUGUAGUGGGUUUCGACGCGGACGAGCUGGACCCGGAGAAUUCUUUAGCCGGGUUUCUUGAUCACGUGCCCAUGAGCUUGAGAAGAUGGGCUUGUUACCCAAUGAUUCUCGGGCGAGUCCGGAGGAAUUUCAAACGGGUGACUCUGAUUGACCCGAACGAAUUCCUCCUGCUCGACGACCCAUUGGGUCGAGUCAAGAACAGAGACCCCGACUCGGUGCACCUAAUGACCGUAACUCAUCCCACACCCGCAUCAAAGCGGCCCGAGGACCCGGACCCAAAACAGGUCGCCCCGGGAAUCGUAUCGGGCGGGGCUCGUGGGGUCCGGAUGCUUUCGAGCUCAAUGCUGACGGGGAUCGUCGCGACGGCAAUGCAGCCCAAGAAGAAGAAGAAAAACUCGGUGACCGAGUUCGGGGUCAUGAACCAACUCGUCUGGAACGAGUCGGUACUGAAGAAGCUGAAUUUGGUGGUAUCGGACGAGUCGAUCCCGGGCCUGAGUUCACUCGCUGAGUUAAACUCGAAAGUGUUAACCGUAGUGUCAACAGUUAGGCCAGGGAAUGGUAACGGUAAAGGGGAGGGUAGUAUUGUGAUUUUGAAAUAUUUGUGUGCAUUAUUUUUUGAUUCCACAGUUUAUCCAGAUUGCUAAUUAUUAGAAAAUGAAAGGGAAAUUCACAUUAUUGUUUUUCCAAAGGGGAGAAAGAAAAAAAAUUAAAAAUAUAUUGGGUUCACAAGUUUCUUGUUACGGUAA